AUGGAUGCAUUUUGUUUGAAGCCAGGGAUCCAUGGAAUGACGUUGCCAAUCUCCGUUGCCGGAAAUGGGGUGCUAGAAGUCCGUACAAUCCAUUCUGCGCAAAUUAGUGCUGCGGCGGCGACGGGGCGGUCAUUGGCGACGGUAAAAUCUUCGUCGCCGGAUAAUCCUUCUGUUUCCUCGGCGUCGGAAAGGAACUCACCGUGGGGUUUCACUUUCCGGCAGCCACUCAGAUCCUCGGGAGGUAAGUACGAACCUGCCGUCGCUGUGGACGACGCCGUUUGGGUGGACGGAGAAGUUGAUGAAGAAGAGAAGCAACCUGAAGGACCGAGUGGGAAUUGGGUUUUCAAAAUUUUGCAUGUAGGUUCUCUGUGGAAAGGAGGAGAAGAAGAAAAUGGUGGGAUUUUUGAGGAAUUGGAGGGUAAAAUGAAAGAAGAGGAUAAAAACGGGGGUCCAAUUGCAAAUAAUAAUAAUGAUGAAGAAAAAAUGAAAUGUUGUGAAGGGUAUGAAGAAUGUGAUGUGUGUGAAAUUGAUGAUGAUGAAAAUAUUGAAUAUGAUAAAGAAUCAUUUUCAAAGCUGCUUAAGAAGUUGCCAUUGGCAGAAGCUAGAUUAUAUGCUCAUAUGUCUUAUUUGGGAAAGUUAGCUUAUUCCAUUCCCAAAAUCAAGUCUGGGAAUCUCCUUGGAAACCAUGGACGCUUUGUGACCUCAUCAUUGGAGAAGAAAGAACAGGCGUUGAAGGCCCAUGAGGAGAUGGCAUCGACUGAAAAGCCGCACCAAGAUGAAAAUACAGCAGCUGAAGAAGCUCGGGAUGCAGAAUGCAAAGAGGAGAAGACUGAUGGAAAUGGGAUAAGCACAUCUGCUUAUCAAAUUGCUGCUUCUGCUGCUUCAUAUUUACAAUCUCAUACAAAAAGCAUUCUUCACCUCAAAUCCUCGAAAUUCAUGGGAAACGAAAACUUGCGCGAAGAAACCGGUGAAAUCAAGAACAAUGUCGAGAUGAUAAACCAGGAUGUAGUUUCAUUAAUGGCAACCACUGAUUCGGUUACAGCAGUGGUUGCUGCAAAGGAGGAAGUAAAGCAGGCUGUUGCAGAUGAUCUGAAUUCGACUCACUCAUCACCGUGUGAGUGGUUCGUAUGUGAUGAUGAUCAGAGUGCCACAAGAUUCUUUGUCAUUCAGGGAUCCGAGUCACUGGCAUCCUGGCAAGCCAAUCUACUCUUUGAGCCAAUUCAGUUUGAGGGUCUGGAUGUGCUUGUGCAUAGAGGAAUUUACGAGGCUGCAAAGGGGAUUUACAAACAGAUUUUACCCGAAGUUCACGCACACCUAAAAUCACAUGGAGAGCGUGCCAGAUUUCGUUUCACUGGACACUCUCUUGGGGGAAGUCUAUCUUUGCUUAUAAAUCUCAUGUUGCUAAUAAAGGGUGAAGCACCUGUUUCUUCAUUGCUUCCUGUCAUAACAUUUGGUGCACCAUCAAUUAUGUGCGGAGGGGAUCGUCUCCUGUGCAGAUUAGGACUGCCUCGAAGUCAUGUACAGGCAAUCACAAUGCAUAGAGACAUCGUUCCCCGAGCAUUCUCUUGCAACUAUCCGAAUCACGUAAUUGAGUUUCUUAAGGCAGUAAAUGGGAACUUCAGGAAUCAUCCAUGUCUUAAUAAACAGAAGCUGCUAUACGAUCCAAUGGGAGAGUUUAUAAUUCUUCAGCCAGAAGAGAAAUUUUCUCCAAACCACCACCUUCUUCCCUCAGGCAGUGGUAUUUACUUAUUGAGCUGUCCGGUGACAGAUGCCAGCAAGGCAGCCAAGCAAAUCCAGGUUGCACGGGCAGCCUUUUUGAACUCACCACACCCACUUGAGAUAUUGAGUGACCGCUCUGCAUAUGGUUCUGAAGGGACCAUUAUGAGAGAUCAUGACAUGAACACGUACUUGAAAUCUCUUAGGAAUGUUAUCCGUCGUGAUCUCAACCGCAUUAGAAAAUCUAGGCGAGAACACCGGCGUAAAGUUUGGUGGCCACUCGUGACUCCACGAGGAUUUAAUGCUGGCAUCCUUUUGAGCAGGCCGAUUACAUCGGGUAACACGGGUCAAGGUCAAUUUCAUCUCUCUGGAAUCUUACAUAUCGGUAAAGAGUCUUUCAAACGGUUUAGUAGGUUCGUUGAAUCACAGCACAUGCAUUUGUUUGUGGUGGUCUGGUUCCCUGCAAGGUUGUUAAUAUUGGAACCAUGCAACUUGAUCAAUUUUCAUUGA